ACCAGCAGCAGCAACCACAAUCACAAUCACAACAACAACAAGGCAAAAACAAACCUACGUAAAGUAAAGGCGAAAGUAUAACCACGCCCAUUGGCGCUACCGUUCGCCCCACUAAACCACCACGCACCACUCGAUAUUGUAACUGUGUGUUUCUCGUCUCAAGUGCUUCGAAUGUGAAGCAACGCUGUUGUUGCUCUUGGAAUCAUCAUCCACUACGAUCAUGUCCAAGACAAGUAAAAACAAUCACAACAGCCACAGCAACAGCAGCUGCAACAGUAGCAGUCAACACAAUAAUCGUCGGCAUUUGCCAGUGCCGGCGUCUGCCUCCCUCCUCGAGGACAGUGAAUCCUUUCUGCAGUACAGCGACAGCGAGAAGAAGCCGCCGCCAAUUGUGGUUGUCGUCGGCGAUGGCAGGAGUCGUGUGCGUCGCGUGGUACGCACAGCCACGCGGCACGUGACAGUUGUGAGCCUGUCGACGCGCCACAAGGAGACGCAAACGCACACCUCGCACCAUGUGACGGCUGUCAGCUUUCCCCAGAAGAGCAUUGAGCGCAGCGGCUCCACCCAAUAUGAUCUGGCUGGAGCACCGGUGGCUGCCACACACGGCUCCAGCAGCUCGACCACGGACAGCGUCGGUGGUUAUGUUUACCUGCAGAAUCAUUAUGCGGCUGGCGGUGUUGGUGGUGGUCAUAAUAAUGCCGCUACCAUCAAUUAUCCCGCACCACAGCAUCCACAGAUGAUCUAUCAGAUCCAGCAGUAUCCCACGUGCCAUCAGCAGCAGCAGCAGCAGCAACAACAGCAGCAGCAGCAACACCUGCAACAGCAGCACUAUAUGCAACUGCAGGCGGCACCAGGGGGCGCUGGCCAUUACCAUCAUCACAAUCAUCACCUGCUGCACAAUCACCAUGGGCAUCAUCAUCAUCAUGGUGGCGCUGUAGUCAUUGCUGGCAGUGGCGUCGGCACCGGUGCCGGAGCAGCAGCUGCCGUCGUGUUGCAACAACAGCAGCAGCAGCAGCAUCAACAAAACAUGCACAAAAAGAACUCCAUACGCAACGGUGGCGAUGUUCUCAAGCGCACGCGCGCCCAGUCAGCCUACGAGCUAUCGCAGGAUCUGCUGGACAAACAGAUCGAGCUGCUGGAACGCAAAUACGGCGGAGUUCGGGCGCGCAAUGCGGCGGUCACAAUUCAGCGCGCCUUCCGACACUACAUGAUGGUCAAGAAAUUUGCCUCCAUUACAGCAAUGGCCAAGGCUGAGAAGCGUCUCAGCCGGCGCAUGGUCGUCACCGCAUCGAGCAUGACGCUCGCGGAGGAGAGCGCGAAUGCCUCGUUAUCAUCUGCCUAUGGCAGCACCACAGAAUCUCAGCUCGAGCAGCAGCAGCAACAGCUGCAGCAGGCGGCUCAGCAGCAGCAGCCACGUGUCACCAUUAUGGCUGGUCCGCCGGGCGCUGCCUCGCCAGGUCUGUCCAGGACGCCACCGACACGUUCGCUGUCGAUGCGCGAGCGUCGCCAACUGGACUGCAGUCCCAUACCACGCAGUCAAUCGGGCGCCUCACCCGUCUCCAUAACCAGCUCCAACACCUCCAUUUCCGGCUUGGCCUCGCAUCCGCACGUAAACCUGUUGCAUGCCGCCGAGCCGCAUUAUUACAACACUCAGGCAAUGCCCUCGGCAGCGGCAUAUUACACCAGCUACCAUGGAUCGCCGCAUGAGUUGAGCUAUGCCAGCUCGGCGGACACCUCGCUGAAUGCGUCGUGGGUGAACACGAGCGGACACUCGCCACACACGCCCUACUAUUCGGCGGCACAGAUCUAUAUGCGACCCAAGGGUGGCAGCACAACGCCAACGCCCAGCUGCGGCAGUCAGGGCAGCGGCAGUGGUGGCAGCAGCAGCAAGAAGGUACCACCGGAGGUGCCCAAGCGCACCUCCUCCAUCACCGCACAGCAGCAGAGCCAGCUGCUGAUGAUGCAGCGACAGACGCCGCCGCCACCCUCCCUGCUGCGCACCAAUGGACUCUGCAAGACCGCCGAGAAUGGCAGCUUGACCUCCGUGCAGAGCUCUGGCUCUGAUUCGAGCGUCACGUCAGCGGAGCGGAAUAUCAACAGUGAUCUGGGCUCGGAUCGCAGCAACUCGCCACACACGUGGAAACGUGGCACUGCCCUCAAUAGCUCACAGCAGUUCUCCACGCAUUCGGCGGACUCGACAACUGGCGUUGGUGGAGUCGGCGUUGGCGUUGGUGUCUGCGUCUCUGGCCAAAUGCAGGCGGCAGUUGUGGCAGCCACAACUGUUGGCGGUGUGCCGCCAACCGAUGAUCAUGCCGUUUCCUCGCACACCAGCGCCGCACAGUACGAGCAGCACGAGCAGCAGCAGCACGAACAGCAGCAGCUGCAAGCAGCCGCUUCAGCUGUGGGCGUGGCACAGAACUACAAGAUGUCGGAGACGAUACGGAAGCGUCAGUAUCGCGUCGGUCUCAAUCUGUUCAACAAGAAGCCGGAGAAGGGCAUCACAUACUUGAUUCGUCGUGGUUUCCUCGAGAAUACGCCACAAGGUGUUGCACGCUUCCUGAUCACACGCAAGGGACUCUCGCGGCAGAUGAUCGGCGAGUAUCUGGGCAAUCUACAGAAUCAGUUCAAUAUGGCGGUGCUGGGCUGCUUUGCCAUGGAACUGGAUUUGUCUGGGCGACAGGUGGAUGUGGCGCUGCGCAAAUUCCAGGCCUAUUUCCGUAUGCCGGGCGAGGCCCAAAAGAUUGAGCGACUGAUGGAGAUCUUCUCGCAGCGCUACUGCGAAUGCAAUGCAGAUAUUGUCGGCAGACUGAGAUCAUCCGAUACGAUCUUUGUGCUGGCAUUUGCCAUCAUCAUGCUGAACACGGAUCUGCAUACGCCAAAUUUGAAGCCGGAGCGUCGCAUGCGCGUCGAGGACUUUAUCAAGAAUUUGCGCGGCAUUGAUGACUGUCACGAUAUCGACAAGGAUAUGCUUAGUGGCAUUUUCGAGCGCGUCAAGUCGGAUGAAUUUAAGCCGGGCAGCGAUCACGUCACCCAAGUGAUGAAGGUCCAAGCGACCAUUGUCGGCAAGAAGCCGAAUCUUGCGUUGCCGCAUCGUCGCUUGGUCUGCUAUUGCCGACUGUAUGAAAUACCCGAUGUGAACAAGAAGGAACGUCCUGGCGUCCAUCAGCGUGAGGUGUUCCUGUUCAACGAUCUGCUGGUCAUCACCAAAAUCUUUAGCAAGAAGAAAACAUCUGUGACGUACACGUUCCGCAACAGUUUCCCGCUCUGCGGCGCCGUUGUCAGCCUGCUGGACUUGCCCAACUAUCCAUUCUGCAUUCAGCUGUCGCAGAAGGUCGACGGCAAAAUUCUAAUCACAUUCAAUGCGCGCAACGAGCACGAUCGCUGCAAGUUUGCCGAGGAUCUCAAGGAGUCUAUCAGUGAAAUGGAUGAAAUGGAAUCGCUGCGCAUUGAGGCGGAACUGGAGCGUCAGAAAUCGGCACGCAAUCGCGCCCCAAACAAUGCCGAUAAUCGUGACAGUGGCGUUGCCGAUGUGGAGGUGUGUCCUUGUCCCUAUCAGCCAGGUGGCACUCAGGCUGCCGGCGAGCAGGCGGCCAACUCGACGGAUUCCACACAGCUGAAGCGCAGCGCGCUCAGCAACAGUCUGCUGGACAUGCACGAGCAAUUUGGCAAUGAGAAGCCACAGCGACGUGGCAGCGUUGGCUCCUUGGAUAGCGGCAUGAGCAUCUCAUUCCAAUCCACAACCACAUCGAGUGCAUCGCGGGAAAAUGCAGCGGCAAUUGCAGCUGCCGCCAAUGCAGCCAAUGCAGCGUCCAAGAUCCGUUUCAAUCUUCAAGCCACAACCAGCAAUGUGUAUGCCGCACCUGGAAUGCAGGCCUAUACGCAUGCCAACUUCGUGCAGCAGUCGCAGGCGUCGUAUUUGCUGCAGCAACAACAGAUGCUGCAACAGCAGCAGCUGGCACAGGCUCAAAUGCAGGCUCAUGCCCAGGCACAAGCUCAAGCGCAGGCUCAAGCUCAGGCUCAAGCUCAGGCCCAGGCUCAAGCGCAGGCGCAGUCGGGCGCUGUGGUCAUGGGACGCAUACCAGGACGUGAGCGGAAGGCUUCGCGUUCGGAUGACUCGCGCUCCACAGAGGUCUAAAGUUAGGCGCAACAUUUGUACAUUGAGUUCUGCAGCUAGCGACUAAUAUAUAUAAACAUAUAUGAUAUUUGUAUGAUCCAAAUCGAAACGAACCGAACCGAACCGAUCGCCAUUUUUUUCAAAAGCACCUAACACCUAACAAAAACAACAAAAAACAGCAGCUCUACAUUAUGAAUUCUUAAAAUGUUCCUUCGUUCUCUGCUAAUAUUAUUAAUGUAUAUAAAUGACAUAUUUUGUCGAUUAACGCGAUUCAAACAAAUACGGUUUAAGUAAGUUUUCAAAACUAAUUGUACAUACUACACAUACUACAUUUAUAUAUAUAUACAUAUAUAUAUAUCUAUCUAAUAUCUCUAUAUCUACAUACAAAUAUGUAUUCAAAUACCCCCUAUGAUAAACGCAAACUCGGGCAUUGCAUAACUCGGGACUGCAGGCAGGUAGCUAUGAAUACCCUCCCCUUGGCAGUUAAUAACAUUGCUAGCAUUUUUUCUUUUGUAUCUAAUCCCGUUCAAUCGACAAGUACACAUACGAUAUACUUAAAACAGUAGUUCUCUAAAACUAAAACCAACCAACCAAGCCACUACCGAUAAGUGCGCGCUUUGUAAAUUACAUAUUUCUUAUCCCACAAUUAUGUUUUUGUUUAACUAAAAAAACGAUCGUAUAUACCGCGUGUGUGUGUAUAUACCAGGAAUAUUAACUUAAAAGCAAUUAGCUAUAAUUAUUCAUAUUUAUAGAGCCAAAACUACCCAAAACCUAAAAUAUUAAAUAAUAAUUAUAAUAAAUCGCAAAAGUGUAUGGAAAA